AUGCCUUGUUCUAAAGUUCUUGCUAAUAUACCUGCUUAUGCAAAGUUCUUGAAGGAGAUAGUGUCUAAUACAAAGAAGUUAGAAGACUUUGUAGAGAUGUCUCUUAUUGAGGAAUACAGUGCAGUGCUAAAAAAUCAUCUUCCUAUCAAGAUGAAAGAUCUAGGGAGUUUUACUGUGCCUUGUCAAUUUGAACAUAUUCUUGUUGAUAAAUGUCUAUGUGACCUUGGAUCUAGUGUUAAUUUGAUGGCUCUACCAUUUUUCAAGAAAUUAAACUUUGCCAAUUUGGGGCCUACUCAAGCGAUUCUACAACUGACUGAUCGUUCAAUGCACUAUCCUAUUGGUAUUAUAGAAGAUCUAUUAGUUAAAUUCGAUAAAUUUUAUUUUUCUGCUGAUUUUCUUGUUCAUGACAUGGAGGAGGAUAUUUCUAUGCAAAUUAUCCUUGAUAGAGGAUUUUUAGCUACUGGAUGGGCCAAAAUAGACUUACUUGAAGGAAAAUUGACUUUAAGGGUUGGUAAAGAGAAAGAAGAAUUUAAUGUUUUUGAACCCUUAAAAUACCCUUCGUAUGAGGAGUCUUGUUCCUAUAUUACUAUUUCUAACGAUUUGUAUGGUGAAAAAUAUGUAUUACAGCAAGAUGUAGAGGUCACCCCCUUGCAAAAUCAUCGUGCAUAUUUUUCUUCAACAGUUCAAAAGCACAAUGGAGAUGUGAAAAAUUAUGCAAAAUCGCAGGCACAUGCUAAGGAAAUUGUGAAAUCAUCCAAACCAUUUCAUCCACCAUAA